AUGUCCGUAGUUCGCGACCCUCGCGAUCCCGCCUACGACGACCUCGAACGCCUGCCGUCAAGUCUAAGCAUGGAUCUCGACUUUCGCAACAAGCCAUCGCAGCCCUUUCGCUGGGUUGACGACGACAGGCAUUCCGACGAUGGCAUGCUCACCACGGAUACCUCCGGUCCUGCAACACCUGCUGCCGCCACCACGCGCAGCACUACACCUCACAUCGUCGCGUACUGCGGCACAGAACCAAAGAAUGUCGCCAUCACCUCGGGCGUGCGCGCCUGGACGAAACAUCAGGCGUACGGCGCUAGCGAUGCGCUCAUCAAGUACGCCACCGCCUCUCCCCUUCUGCCGCAGCAGAUCGCAGAGAUGGUGUCCAACCUCAGCGUCAUCGCGCGCGUCUCCCUCAAGGCCGCAGCCUUCUUCAUCGAGAUCAUCCUCGAAGCAGCACGCGACGCCACUGGUCUCACGCUCGGCAUCACUCGCCGUGCGCUCAUCGGCGCCAUCGGAACCGCAAGAGCCGUACACUCCAUCACUUCCGGAGAGGCCUGGGACGCAAAAGCUACGGGCCGCUCCCUCACUGCGCCCAAUCCGAGCUUUCUCAGCAUUCUCGACAAGUACACCGCCGUUGGCAUCUACCUUGUCCACCAUACUUUCACCCUCGCCGAGCUCUUCACCAUGGGCGGUUUCUCGCUCGUACAGACCGGCUUGACAGCAGGUAUUGCAGCCGCAGACGAAUCCGUCCGCACACUCGACGGCAUCUUUGGAUCCAACGAGACCUCCCGUGCCCUCGCCUCCUUCGUCACCCUUGUCCGCGGCGAGGUCAACGACGACCCGCGCUUCGCCAAAGACAGCUAUGUCUCCAUCCUCGCCAAGCUCACAAAGGCCGUCACUGCCUUCGCCGUGCUCCAGAACUCGACGUACAAGCGCAGCGCAAAGAGCAUGAAGAUGCGCGUCGUCUACGACUGCACCAUCCUCGGAGAGGUCGAGUCCAAGAGCUGGAGGUCGCUCAUGGUCGGAUCGGGUAACUUCAAACGCGCUCAGCCCGCCGCCUUGCUGCCAUCGCCAGCAGCAGACGACUUUGAGUCACUCUCGCUACAAUCACCACCGCGAAGGACCGCUUCGCUUUUAACGCCGAACCACCACUUGGCGCCGUCGACAAGCUCAACAAACCUUCCAACAUCUCGCUCAAGAGGGUAUCUGGGAGACGGUCUGUGCCUCACCGAUGUCGGUCCCGCCGUGCCUCAUCGCAGUUGGGGUUCGGGCUGGCCACCAACCCCGCAGGACCAGGCGAAUAACAUGCAGGAUGAUGCCUCGCUCAUCGAGGACCUCAACUUCCUCGUCGGAACCGACGGCGGCGAUGAGUCGCUCGAGUCCAGCAUCACCGACGAUCAGCUUCCCGUCGACCUCCGCUCCAAGCUGCAAGCAUACUCGGACGACCAGCUCCGCAACGGCGUCGUGCUGCGCGACGGUCAGCGCGACAUGCCCAAGCAGCUUCUGCGCCGCAUCCGUAAGACCGACAGCGCCACGGGCAAUCGCGAGACCGUCUACGAGAUCACCACCGAGAUCAUCGAGACCGUAGAGACCAUCACCACCGUCGAGCACAUGGGGUCCGACGCAGUGUCAGCGAAUGGCUCCACUGGCGCACCGCUGGACUCCUCCGCUGCUCGUGUGCACGACCAAGCUCUCUCGUCGCAUCCCGCGGGAACCCUGCGCCGCGAUGUGACCAGCAGCAAGAGCGGCACCGAGACCCACUCGACCUUUGAAGGUGGCCACGAGACCAAGCUCGAGGAGGAUGAGGAGUGGUGCGAGAUCCGCACCACCGACUCGCGCACUCCGCAUGCCGCGACACAACUCAACCACGCCAACGCUCACAAUGCACGCAUGGAUGCAGAGGCUGGCACGACGUCGCUCGCCAUUCCGGAGGCACCCAACGGGGCAGCGGCGAACGCAGCGCUUAUCCACGGCAAGCCACGGAGCGAUACAUCCAAGAUGCCCGUCGUGCUGAAAACCAUGACCAAGAAGCUCAUCCAGAAGCGCAAGACGCUGCGCCGCAUCGAGCUCGGGGAUACGCAUGGCGACGCGGAUACUGGUCACGACGCUGCUUUCCCGGUCGGGUCAGAGACGGCAGACCUUGUAUCGCCUACGCCGGUGACCCCGGUGCUGUCGUCGGUGACCGCGACCGUGCCGCGGCCGGCAAAGGACAAGAGUAGCCGAGGAGCGCGACGCGAUGCGCAUGCAGACCUGGCGAGUGCAAAGGGGGCAGACCUGGGCCGCGGACUGAACAAGGUGCUGAAGCGCGCAAAGCAUCAGCUCAUGGGCGCACACCCUGGCGAGUCACGAUCGUCGUCACGCCAUCUCGAGCCCCCCGCGAGCGUCGCCAUGGAUCCGCCCUCUCAGAUUCACGCGUCUAGUCGGUCGCCGGCGGAAGCGACUCCCUUAUCGUCGCCGAGCAAGAGCAAGCGCGCUCUGCCGUCAGCGCCACCAUCAUCGUCCCACGCCAAGGUGCGCAAGGGCAACGAGGCCGAUGCCAAGCCCGACAUGGGCACGGCGCGAGGUGCGGGCAAAGAGCUGCCUACGAUUCCGCACCGCGGUGCGUCGCAGCGCUCGCUCUUCUCUCCGGAGCCGGUGCGGGCGUCGAUGCCUUCGACACCACAAGGGUCGUUGCGGGAGCCCAACCGACGUCGCAGCCGUGCUCCGUCCGUGACAUCGAUCCGGUCGUUCGCGUCGCGCUCGCACGUGUCGAGCGUGGCUGCAGCCGGCAACUCCGGCGAAGACGGCGUGGACGGCGCAGCGUUCCCGCAGGCGCAUCUGGUGGAGAAUCUGCGUCGGUUCAUGCGCUACUCUUCCGCAGCGUACGGCCAGAACUUUAUGCGCAUCCUCGGCAUCGGUAGUCUAGACUACUUUUUCCCGGACACGAGCAAGCACCAUGCCAACGUGUGGGCGUUUGCGCACCACGUCGGCAUCCCCGUCGAUGCCAUCCUGCUCAACAGCUUCUCGGAAGCCCAGCCGCUGUUUACGGAACAGAUGUCGCCGCUGGUGAACUAUGUCGCGGUGGACGAUGCGGCCAAGGCGGUGGUGUUGACGUGCCGAGGCACGAUGGGGCUCAGCGAUAUCCUGACUGAUCUCACCGCUACGUUCGAGACGAUUGCAGUCGAGGGCGGGCGGAGCGAUCGGCACUACCAGGUGCAUUCGGGCAUGCUGGCGAGCACCAGGCGGCUGUGCAACGAGAACAGCACCGUGAUGCAGACGCUGCGCAGGGCGCUCGAGGAGAAUCCGGACUACGGCCUGGUGCUGACGGGGCAUUCGCUGGGCGGUGGCGUGGCGGCGCUGGCGGCGGUGGAGCUGGCUUGUCCCGCCGAUCUGUUCCGACAGCAGUCGUUGAGGCAGAGAGCCAAGACGGGAAGGAACGUGCAGCAUCCUCGAAUUUACACGCCGUUUGUCACGUCGUUCGACAGCGGCUUGCCUGCGGGGCGACCGAUCCAUGCGUACGCAUACGGUGUUCCGGCAGUGGCAUCGCCCGAUCUGUCGGCGCACUGCAAGGGCCUCGUGACGAGCGUCAUCCACGGCCACGACUUUAUCCCCACGCUCUCGCUGGGGAUGGUGCGCGAUUUCAAGAACAUCGCGCACGCGCUCAGCGAGGAGAGCGAGUCGGACGUGGCGCGCGAGAUCGUCACGCGCGUCCUGGGCACGUAUCGGCAGCGCUCUACCCUGCGUGCACGCGUCGGCGGUGUGCCCGAGCACCUGGCAGCGCUCGAGGCGCCAAGGCCGCAGGAAGCACCACUGAGCGAGCGCGACAUGCAGUUGUCGCGCCAGGAACUGCUGGACGGCAAGACGCGCAACAUUGCCCGCGACGACAACUACCAAGACCCCAAUCUGAAGGAGGACGAUCUGGAUCCGUUUUCGUACUCGUCCGGCGGCGGACGCGUGCACGAGGGCGGCGAUCCCGCCGAUCCCGAACUCGCCGACUGGCUCUGGUCGUUGAUCAAGACCAUCCGCGCCGAUAUGGACUCGCUCAAGCUGUAUCCGCCCGGCGACGUGUACAGCAUCGAGAGCUUUGCCGUGUUUGUCACGCCGCGCAUGCAGCCCGACAGCGAGGUGGUGGUCGAUCGGUCGCAGGCGCAACAGCCGGGCCAGCAAGGGCAGGCGGGCGGAAACAGGGCACAGGCUCACAGGGUGAUUCUGCGAUACUGCCAGGACGUGCAGAAGCGCUUCUCGGAACCCGUGUUCGCAAAGAGCAUGAUGCGCGAUCAUAUCCCCACCAACUACGAGCUGUGUCUCAGCUUGCUCCACGAGUGCAUCGUCGAGUCGAGCGCCUCCUAA